CUACCUCACAGCCUUUAGCUUAAGCUCAACAAAGGGUUAAAAAACACACAAGAAAAAAAAUCCCAUUUUCAUUUCUAAGAGUUCCAACAAAGAAAGCUUGUUUACUCUAGAAAUGAAGAUGGGUAGUCCUACUAUUGGAGGCUCAAAGAGAAGGGUAUCAAGUAGAGGGCUUGGAGGAGUGAUUAGGGAGCAAAGGGCUAGGCUUUACAUCAUAAGAAGGUGUGUGGUCAUGCUUCUUUGUUGGCAUGACUAGAAGUUGAGGCCUUCCGAGUCCAUGCUUGCUUUCUUAUAUGCCAAUAGAACAAGAAUGGUUCUAUUUCUUCUUUUUUUAUUUUCCUUCUUGUUUCUUUCUUUGAUUCAUGGUGGAGUGUAAAUAGCUAACGGAUGCAUAUUAUGGGGAG